CUAGGACCCUGAGGAGCAGCGGGAGGCUAAUGAUAGCAUGCUAGCAGAAGCUAGUGUUGUCACAAAGAUUCAUGAACACAGAUGUUAAUACUUUAAUUGAGACUUAGUCAUGUCUCAGGUGGAGAAGAAGGCUGGGUUGCUGAGGAGGACGUCGUCCUCUAAGAAACCCUUGAAGGAGAAGGUGGUGCUGAUGUAUGAUGAGAUUUUUGCAAAAGAAGACCCAGCCAAAAACAACGCUCGCUUCUGGGAUGAGCUGUUCCUUAUGAAGGUGAACCUAGAGUACCUGGAGUCCAAGUUGGAGAGUGUAGAUGGGGAGGAGGUUCAGCGGAUCCAGGACAACAUCAACUCUCUGUUCCACCACUGUGUUCAGGCUCUGGGAGAGGAGCACCAGAUCAAAGUGGUCAAUGCCCUGCAGACUCUCUGUGCACUUUUCCGGGGGGUUCACCAGAAGAACAAGUCCGCAUCUGGCUUUGACAUCAUCAACAUGCUCAUGGGGUUUGACAAGGCUGAGCAAAGGAUGAAGGACCUGAUGGAGAGACUGGACAGCCUUCUUUGUGGAGAUGGCUCAGAGAGUCUGAAGAGCCUUUGUCUCAAACUGCUGUUGUGUUUAGUGACGGUAACAGACAACAUUAGUCAGAACACUAUACUGGAAUAUGUGAUGAUCAACAGCAUCUUUGAAGCAAUUCUACAGAUUCUGUCAGAUGUGUCCAGUAGAGGGCAGCAUGGUUAUGAUGCUGUGGUCCUCUUGGCCCUGCUGGUCAACUACAGGAAAUAUGAGUCAGUGAAUCCUUACAUUGUGAAGCUCUCCAUUGUGGACGAUGAGCCAACACUAGAUGGAAUGGGUAUGGUUGUCCACCAAGCUCUGACAGAAUAUAACAGGCAGUACAAAGACAAAGAGGAGGAGAACCAGGGUGGGUUCUUCUCUACCCUCACUAGUAUGGUGGGCAGCAUGUUUAUAGCAGAUGCUGAUGAGAAACUCUCUGUACAGACAAAUGAGGCGAUUCUUUUGGCACUCUAUGAAGCUGUGCACCUUAACCGCAACUUCAUCACCGUAUUAGCACAGAGCCACCCUGAGAUUGACAUCCCAACCACACCUACCACCCCUACUCCAACAACACCUACAACACCACUUGGCACAACACCGCCCUCCCUAGAUAUGAUGAACAACCCAGAACUGCCCUUGGAUCCCAACCUGCAGACUAGCAACCUUCUCAUCACCUUCCUCAAGUACGCCUCCAUUGUAAUGCAGGAUACUAAAGAUGAGCAUCGACUCAACAGUGCCAGACUGUGCCUAAUCAUCCUCACCUGCAUAGCUGAGGACCAGUACGCUGAUGCCUUUCUUCAUGAUGACAACAUGAACUUCAGAGUCAAUCUCCACAGAAUGCCCAUGAGGCACAGAAAAAAAGCAGUGGACAAGAACAUCCCUUCACGGCCGCUGGUGUGUGCUGUUUUAGAUCUGAUGGUGGAGUUUAUUGUCACUCACAUGAUGAAGGAUUUCCCCAUGGAUUUAUAUUUGCGCUGUGUACAGAUCAUCCACAAACUCCUGUGCUACCAGAAGAAGUGCAGAAUCAGGUUACAUUACACGUGGAGAGAGCUGUGGUCAGCUCUCAUCAACCUGCUGAAGUUCCUGCUGUCAAAUGAGACCACACUGCUGGCCAAGCAUAACAUCUUUCAUCUGGCCUUACUGGUUGUGAACCUCUUCAACAUGUUCAUAACAUAUGGCGACACGUUCCUGCCCACCUCCAACAGCUAUGACGAGCUGUACUAUGAAAUCGUACGAAUGCACCAGGUCUUUGACAACCUCUACUGUAUGGUUCUGAGAGUAUCAACUAACACGGGCCAGUGGAAGGAAGCAGCCAGCAAAGUCACACAUGCCCUUGUCAAUGUUCGGGCCAUCAUCAAUCAUUUUAACCCCAAAAUUGAGUCGUACGCUGCGGUGAACCACAUCUCUCAGCUCUCUGAAGAACAGGUGCUGGAGGUGGUUCGCUCCAACUAUGACACACUGACGCUCAAACUACAGGAUGGUUUGGACCAGUUUGAGAGAUACUCGGAGCAGCCCAAAGAAGCCGCCUUCUUCAAGGAGCUGGUGCGCUCCAUCAGUCUGAAUGUGAGGAAGAAUGUCUCUCUGAACACACUGAGUCAGGACGUCCUGCUCAAAGAGUUUUCCACCAUCUCCUGAGAAAGACACACACACACAGCCUCCUCCUCCCUUCAGAUGGACGUACACAAUACAUUUUUGUAUUUGUGUGUGUGGACAUUACACACAUUAACACAUACUGUACAAUACAAACACCAAACCAGUACAAUCCGCCGUCGUUCUUUCCACGAUUCGUUUUGAGUCCUCAUCAUCUGUCCCUCCUGUGAACUGAACGAUGGAAACGUCUCCCACGCACACGCUGACAGGCUGGAUGCACCUUAAGGAAAGACCUGACAACUCUCCAGACUUGCUCCUUUUGUGGUCGUUCACAUGUUUGUGUGUAACUUUAAAGGAGGUGCCCGUGUUGCACUGGUUCCUCGUGUGAAAUCUGCAGUAUUGGCUGGACUGUUAACUGACAAAUGAAAGUUUGGAUUUAAGAUAGUGUAACCAAUUGUUUUUAACCCAGAUGUUCUUCUCCAACUUUUCUGUCACUGAUGAUAAAGUCAGAAGCUUCUGCUGUUGAACUGAUCACAGUUCACAGCUUAUGAUUUAUCUCUCCAGUAAUUAUUUCAGAAGAUUUACGCUUUGAGUGAAACAUUAUGUCCUCCCUAACAGCAUUGGUAAUGGUGACAUUGAGCCUUUUUGAGUUUAAGUCCUCAUAGAUUAGAGCAUUAACUCUUUUUUUUUGCAGCUGCUUGUUGUGUGAAAGUUAACUUGAUGCUCUACAUGUUCAAAACUUUACAAGUAUUUUGUAUAUACAUGUUUGCUAUGGGAUAGAACAUUUUGAGCAGUAAUGAAGUUGAGGAUGCUCUGAAGUGAUCAUUUUUAUUGUGCUUUUUGAACAAAGCCAUGACUAACAUUUCCUACUGUACGUCGCACAAAUCAUUUCCCCAUUAGUUGAACAAAUGAGUCCAAAUGUGUUGAAGGGAGUGGUUAGUUUAGAAGUUCGGACAAUGGUUAAACAUUAUUAUAGUGAUUAUUACUGGUAUUUCUUUGGUACUUGAGUUCAGUUAAGUGAUUACAAAAAACUAUUUAUACAUUCAACCUUUUAAACUCAUCCUGGCUCUUUCUCAUUCAGAAUAUUUGAAAUGAUUAUUUUGGACUGGAAGCAGAUCUGAAUUAUGCAAUUUCUUCAAGUGUAGGGUCUUGUUUCUUUCAUCUCGAACUCCUGUAGGUAUAUUUAUGUUUCUUUUUUAAAUAAAGGUUGGUUUCCUACUACUCAA